AUGCCUCACGCUUUCCGAAAUCAGCCCUUGAAGGGCUUAUACUUGACCUACCAGUUACUAUCCACCCUUUUCAUCAGAUUCCCUCUCUGGGUCCUGCUUGGUCUUCCAAGGGCCCUUCGUCCAAGGAAAACAUGGGACUUCAAACGCUCCUUAAUGGUCAACGCCAUUCGCCAUCUUAUGUCCAUUUCUAACCAGACUGGACCAUGGACAACUAUUCCCAAUCACUUGGCAAUCACCCAAGGUGUCGGUAUUAACGGCGUCUGGGUUGAAACUGCUGCCCAUCUCAUUACGGGAGACCUCGAGAAAUGGGCAACAGUAGCAGGCGUAUCAUCCGUUCGCCUUCCCGGUUACUGGGUGCACAAGAAAGGAUCUUCAAUCAAGGUUGCUUCGCCUCCCCUAUCAGGAGAGAAGAUCGUGUACGCAUUACACGGUGGAGCGUACAUCGGUUUUUCUGCCCACCCCAAAGACCCCACCGCCAAUAUUGCGCAUGGGAUUUUGGAGCAUGUUGACGCUGUUCAACGCGUUUUCUCCAUUGAGUAUCGUCUCUGUGUGGGAGCUCCUUUCGAAGUCGCGCACCCUUUCCCUACAGCUCUUAUCGACGCACUAACAGGGUACAACUACCUCGUAAACGUCGUAGGCUUCUCUCCCGAUGAUAUCAUCAUUGAAGGGGACUCGGCCGGCGGGAACCUCACCCAAGCCCUCACUCGCUAUCUGACAGAGUACCAAGACUCGGCUGAAGUUAAACUUCCUGCUCCACCCAGCGCCAUUAUCCUUGUCUCUCCUUGGUCUGACGUGGGCGGGUCCCACUUGAAGAUUGUCAACGGAUCGGCAAGGAAAUUCGGAAAAUCAGAUUACCUUGUUACUGGUUCUACCUACGCCACGGAUGCCUUUGUCGGACCACAUGGGCAAGAGUUUGCCGAAACCAGCCCCUACCUUUCCCCUGCGUCUCUUCACCCUUCCCUCCACGUCGACUUCAAAAAGUUCCCCAGGACGUUUAUUGUGGGAGGAGGCGCUGAGGUCCUAAUCGACCAGAUCAGGACACUCAAGGACAGGAUGAUAAAGGAUCUGGGUGAAGGCGACGGUGUGGACGUAUCCGAAGGAAAAGUUCAUUAUCACGAAGUUCCAGAUGGUAUCCAUGAUUAUUUACUCUUCCCGUGGCAUGAGCCAGAAAGAAGUGAUACCCUAAAGAAGAUCAACAAAUGGGUCUCUGCUUGA